AUGACUUCUAAAAGUCAAGAAAGCAUUCCAGUUCCUGAGACCAAAGAAAUAGUACAGCAGGUAUGUUUCUCCUAUCAGGUCUUACUAUCCAUUAUGUGCACAACUCUCUCUCUCUCUCUCUCUUUCUCUGCCUCGAACUUUUGGUUAGCAGGCAGAGUAUAAAACUCCAAAAUAAAAUUUCUUGUUGGCAUUUGGUGCUCUGGGGCUCUGGUGUCCUGGGGCUCUGGCAUAGCUCCCCUCCACCCCUGGACUCUUUAGCCAGAAAGCUCCAGCCUGAAUCCCUGGCAUUUCCAUCCAUCCUAUACAAAGCAUUUAGCUGACAAAAUAUGCCUGCCUGAUACCCCAGGAAGCUACUGCUAGGACAACAUUGGUUUGGACAGACUACUGUCCCGACUCUCUAUAAGCAACCGAAGAAGUUUGUGUCCUGAAGUACAAAACACGUGCUCUCAUAUUGAGCUAUGCCAGUGUCGAAUAUCUUAACAAUUGAAAAAAAUAGGCAAGGUAACUUGAAACUUGGUGCAUGGAUUAAUCCUAACGUAGAACUGUUAGAUUUUUAAAGUUUGGAAUUUAGUCUACCUCGACACUAACUUUACUAUGAUGUGUCUAGUUAGGUACAGGCCAUUGGUAGAACGAAUGUCUAGAAUAUUACAGGCCACUGAGAUACUUUACUGAUGUUCUCUUACCACACCUCUAGGAUGUCCUCAAGAGAGCUACCAGUCUGCCUCUGGUAAGCUCCACCUAUGAUUUGGCUGCCUCUGCUUAUGCCUCAACCAAAGAGAACCAUCCCUAUGUGAAAGUUGUUCUGGAUUUGGCUGAGAAAGGUGUGAAGCAUGUCUCUGAUAUUGCUGUGAGCGGUGCCCAGCCUCUUCUCAGUAAGCUUGAACCACAGGGUGAGUAGGCUGCAUUGGAAAUGUUCUGAUCUUUUUCUUUUUAAAUACCUUAUUCCACCAUAUGUACGAAAUUAAACACAAAUGAAAACCAGUGUAAAAAAGCAUAAAAAUAUCAGAGAUGACAAAGGGACCCAUUUAUCCAUUCUUUGUCAAGAAAAUUGGAGGCACCUAUUACUAGAAACAGUAAAAUGUCUAUUUUCCCCACACUGGCAGUGCCAAAGAGCCCUGGAGGUUAGUUGUGUUGGUAUAAAUGAUAAAUGUCCCACCACACAGUAUAAUAAUGUUCUGGAUCUUCUAAGCUUCUGGAAAUUUAUACAGUGUGGGUUAUCUUUCCUGUGAUUGUAAAGUUCCAUACAUUUUUAUACCACAGAUAAAUUAUUCCAUUUUUGUGUGCCAUGCAUAGCCUAGCUGCUGCCAGCAGCCAUAGUACAAAUUCUUUAGUACAAAUAGUACAAAUAGUGCAAUAGUACAAAUUCGCAAUCUUUGAAGAUGACCAUCCCAUAUAUAUGUGAUGCCACCUAUGUGAAAUACUCUGUUCUCUUUUUUUAAUAAGAUAUUUAUUGAAAAUUUUCAAAAUGUUACAAUAUAAAAAAUGAAAAAGAAAAAGAAAAUAGAAAAUAAAAAUGAUUAAAAACCACUCAUUUUUUCCAUUACUUAUUUUUCCUUAGCUUGUUUCCUGGACCUCCUCAUACCUCCCUUUUUUGUAUUCCAGUUCAAUUUGUUGGUUCAGCAAAUCCUUACCCUCUUUGUUUAUCCUAAUCUUUGAUCUUAAAAUAAUAACGUUAGAUUUUUACCUAUUAAUAACCCAUUUUUCAUAUUCCCUUACAGCAUUACAGCUGGAAACCACUUAAUUUCUAUCCAACAUCUUUCUAACAUUCAUUAAUUUUACAAUAUUUCUGUAGAUAGUCUUUGAAUUUCUUCCAAUCUUCUUCCACCGACUCUUCUUCCUGGUCUCGGAUUCUGCCAGUCAUUUCUGCCAGUUCCAUAUAGUCCAUCACCUUCAUCUGCCAUUCUUCCAAAGUGGGUAGAUGUUGUGUCUUCCAAUACUUUGCAAUGAGUAUUCUUGCUGCUGUUGUAGCAUACAUAAAAAAAGUUCUGUCCUUCUUUGGCACCAAUUGGCCGACAAUGCCCAGGAGAAAGGCCUCUGGUUUCUUCAGGAAGGUAUAUUUAAAUACCUUUUUCAUUUCAUUAUAGAUCAUUUCCCAGAAUGCCUUAAUCCUUGGGCACGUCCACCAAAGGUGAAAGAAUGUACCUUCAGUUUCUUUACAUUUCCAACAUUUAUUAUCGGGCAAAUGAUAGAUUUUUGCAAGCUUGACUGGGGUCAUGUACCACCUGUAUAUCAUUUUCAUAAUAUUCUCUCUUAGGGCAUUACAUGCCAUAAACUUCAUACCUGUGGUCCAUAACUGUUCCCAGUCAGCAAACAUAAUAUUAUGUCCAACAUCUUGUGCCCAUUUAAUCAUAACAGAUUUCACCAUUUCAUCCUGAGUGUUCCAUUUCAACAGCAAGUUAUACAUCUUUGACAAAAUCUUAGUUUUGGGUUCUAACAGUUCUAUUUCUAAUUUUGAUUUUUCCACCUGGAAGCCAAUUUUCUUGUCCAAAUUAUAUGCCUCCAUUAUCUGGUAAUAACGAAGCCAGUCUCGCACUUUGUUUUUUAGUUUCUCAAAACUCUGCAAUUUCAGUCUAUCUCCAUCUGAAAUACUCUGUUCUCAAUGUCCUCAUUAGUAUGUGGUGCUAGAUCAAACAAUGACAAGUGUGUAGACUACAAUAAUUUCCUCUUCCACAAUUCAUGUGUGCACCGCAACUGAAGGAAUCCUCUCUGUAGUUGCAGCAGCAAGCCACUAUGCCUCCAAGGGCUUGGACAAGCUAGAGGAGAAGCUCCCCAUCCUUCAUCAGACAGCUGACCAGGUAGAUUGCAACCUGCUCACUAUCUUUUCUUAUGUCCCAAGCAUUUAUUUAAUUCUACUGUUGGAAUAUUGCUCUUCAUGCUUUCCUGAACUUUGGGGAACAAAUUCACAGCAACUUGGAUAAGAGGUUGCUUGCCUAGUCACAACAAUUCUGGUGGGUGGAGAGUGGUCAUGGCAGUAAAAUGUAAUGCGUGGUAGGGGGUGAUGAAUAAAGCUGCUUGUUUGAUGAUCUGGCUUUAGGUUAUUUCUGAUACGCAAGAACUGGUGUCAUCGAAAGUAGCAGAUGCAAAAGAAGCAGUAGCCAAGGCUGUGCAGGAUGGCAAAGAGAUGGUGGUAGAAACGAGAAUGGGCAAGAUGGCCCUCAGUGGAGCAGAAGCAGUGCUGGAGAAAUCUGAAGAGCUGCUGGACCACUACCUUCCAAUGACUGAAGAAGAACUGGGUAAGCAAAGAAUAGCAACCUGAUCUAUUGUGAUCCAUUUUAUCAGGGCUGUCUUUAGCAUAUGCGGCAUCAGGGAGCAAAGAUCCACCCGGCACCCCCCCCCCGGUUGCCCGGUCCCAGGCGCACAGGAGGGCGGAGUCGGCCGGCUGCCUCAGCGUCUCGCUGGCUUGGUUGCCCCCGAACUCGCGGUGCAGAGCUGCCCGCAGGAAAGCUGCAGUGCUCCAACCACUGGGCGGGCUCUUCCCCAAACCCAACUCUCAGGCCUCAGACUCUCGACUUGGCGCCCCUGAGAGCCCGGCGCCCAGGUGCCCCACACCCCUAGCGCCUAUGGGUAAGACGGCCUUGCAUGCCAUGCUCACAGCUUCUUUGGUGUCUACUUUAUCCUUAAGAUCAUGAGCCUACUGGGAAACAAACAUACCUUUGUUUGAACUGCAGGACAACCAUGUUUAUUUGGAUAGUCUCCAGGACUCUACUCCAGGUGUGAGCACCUUCUGAAACUUAAGCAGGUAGCGACUAGACAUGAGAGGCUGCUCUGAGAGUAGUGCCUGAUUUUUGUCGCAUUCAUCCUAGAUGGGUGCAACAUCUUUCAAAGGCCUUGCUUUGAGUAAAAAACUACUUCAUACUUCAUGAAUCUUCCUUCUGAUUAUGGGAUUUUGAAAGGUGGUAUGCUGUGAUCUUUCCUGGGGUGUGGGUGGGUGUUUGAAGUUAGCUAGAGUAGAAACCUUUUAAAAAGUAACAAUAUUUAAAUGUGCUCUUUAGCAAAAGUUGCAGAAACUACACCAGAAGGAGUGGGCACACCCCUUGAGACUCGGGGGUACUUUGUGCGUCUUGGUUCUCUGUCAACCAAGAUCCAACAUCGUGCUUAUCAGCAUGCUGUAGCCAGGAUGAAAGCUGCCAGAGAGAACAUCAGAGAGACUUUCAUUCAGCUGCGUCAAGCCAUUGGGCAGGUAGGGUCUUCACUUCUGCGGUGUGUACUCUUUGUUAACCACAGGGAAAAGAUGCCUGCUUCCUUUUUAAGCUACUGUAAAUAUCUGCGUUCCUUGUUAACCAGUUAUGACUGGCAACUGAAAAAACGUGAUGGCAUGGGAAUCUAAGCAUUUGGUCUCCAUAGGCUGUUUUGAGUGGGGGGCAUGGGGUGGGGCGGGGGGCUUAGGAUCAUGACGCAAAUUUGCAUAUGGAGAUUUGUGCCAUGGGCCUUUCCCCGUCCCCUUGCCCCAACACCUCAGGCAGUCAACACUGUAACUGAAAAGACUCCUGCCCCAACACUGCAUAAACGUUAUACACAGAAUGUGCCCCAGAAUCUUCUGGAAAUUUUCAGGGUUUUCUGGGCAGACAAAUAUAGUGGUCUUUGCUCAUUGGGAAAACUGGAAAACCUGGAGAUGGAGCAUGAUUUGCAUAAUUUCAAGAUGUUGAACUGUUGAGGAUAUAGCAAUGGCUGGUGGCAAUUGAUCCUCGAGUCACAGGAUGCUUUGAUCUCUGGACCACACAGCAGCAAGAUGCGAAACUGCAGUAUAGCAAAUACUCAGCUUUAAGAGCGAGAUGACCCUGAUUCAUAAGAAGUGUGUAAAAGUGUCACAUUUAGACAGUCAAAGCAAAUUGCUGGCACUAGUUAAAUACUGAUGGUUGCUUAUGAGCACCAGUGGAAAACUAAGAGUGUAAUUGUAUGGUCGUGUAAAAUCAGAUAUCAGUGUGUGAGGAUGAACAAUGUUGAUACCAACAUGGCAAGCUACGAGAGAGGGAAAUCUUAUUUGCACAAGAAGCUCAACAUCUGCAUGUGCUUGCUUAUGAAAACUUGUAUCCAAUUGAGCGAGAUCUUGCCCAUCUCUGUCAAUGCACUGGGGCCUCAAAGAGGUUAGUAGUUAUCUGACAGGUAUGGUAACAAAAUGUGUAGCAAUUGCAAGGUUUGUCUUGGCUUUAGUUUAUUCCAAGCUGCUCUGUUGAUUUUUGUUUGUUUCCUCUCUAGAUAGAGGAUACAAAGGAAAGUGUUCAGCAGAAACUCCAGGAAAGCCAGGAGAGGCUUCGUCAGGUAUGGUUAUACUACUGAUUUAAUGGUGAUAGAAUCAGAGUUGGGAAGGACCCCAUGGAUUAUCUAGUCCACACCCCUGCAGUGCAGGAAUAUGCACCCAGACAAACCCGUGACUUUGGCAUUAUCAGCACCAUGUUCUAACCAACGGAGCUAACCGUUGGUGGCUUGACAUGGCUUGACCCAUGCAUGUAGAACCCUGGUUGAGGGAUCUGUUGACUUCUUCCUUCUAAUUGCAGCUAGAAUCUCAGACCUUGGCCAUGUCCCACCACAUCACCCAGCAGUUGCAAGCAGCCUACAAGAACCUGAUUGCCAGCAUCCAAGGCCUGCCAGCUAACUUCCAGCAGAACAUCCAGCUGGCCUACCGCAACAUAGAAGAGCUUCACACCUACUUCACCAGUGCUCACUCUUUCAAAGACCUCCCCAACAGCAUUCUAAGCCAAAGCCAAGAGAAGGCCCUCAAAGCCCAGGAGUAUGUGGAUGACAUCUUGGACUAUGUCUUACAUAAUGCUCCAAUGUCUUGGCUGGUGGGUCCAUUCUCCCCUUCACCUCGGAAACCCAAUGAUGUGAAGCCCACGAAGCCUGAUGAUCAGAACAAGGGAGACCUGAAAGUGCCAAAGGAGAGUUUGUGA